GAAUUCUCCCCUUUUUUGCUUGGGUGUCCCCCUUGAAUAAUCAAAUCCAUCCCAAUCUGUUUAGUGUGUGUGUGUUAGGUAAAAGUGCAGUGUGCAUGUGCUUUUGGAUGAGUGUGUGUAUAGUGAGCUUGUGAUUCAUUCUUCAGGUUGUUGACCUCCUCUGCCAAACUGGAAAAAGCUGGCCAGGGGCCAAUUAGCAGAAUAGCAAACUUGCUAGUUAGUCUUACUUGGCACAGGGGGGUUUAAGCACAGUCCCCUCAGGCACGUGAGCUGCAGAAAGCUAAAGUUCAUUGUGUGUACUGUCACUACAAUAUGAGCAUAGGGCACCAGCAGCUUAUUCAACAGCACCUACAAGGGACAACAGAGAGUAAUCAGGGAAUGUCUGAAGGUAGUGUCAAUCAGCUAACAACCCAUGUCCUGAACAUUGCAGAAGGGAUCCCUGCUAAGGGGCUAACAAUGACCCUGUUAAGGCAUGAUUCCACUCAAGGGAAAUGGGUGCAAAUGAGUAGAAGUGUCACCAAUGAAGAUGGUCGCUGCCCAGGCCUGUUGCGUGGGGAGGCCCUUUGUGCAGGCACUUACCAACUGCGUUUUGAUACUGGGGACUACUGGAAGCAAAUGCACAAGGAGACCUUUUACCCUUAUGUUGAGAUCGUAUUUACAAUCACAGACCUGAAGCAGAAAUACCACGUGCCUCUGCUGCUCAGUCCAUUUUCGUACACCACCUACAGGGGCAGUUAAGCAGCUACGUCUCCCAUGAUGCCUUGCACAUAUUUCAGUAUUAACCCACAUUAAGCCAAAAUAACUCCAAAUAUUUUUGAGCUAUAUUUCUUCAAAUAAAAUACAAGUUUUCUACUGCUUUGUGCAUCCAA